AUGGCAUGUUGUCAAAGUUAUUUACCCGAUUAUUUUGCGCUGAAUGAUAUUUUAUGUACCGAAGAACGUAUAACUUGUAAAAUUGAAAUUGAAUUGCCUGGAUUGGGUUUUCUGGAUUCGUCUUCCGCAUCUAACAAUUUGGUAGCUGGGUCAAAAGUAGACUUCCCAUUAUGGCUGGCACAGUCACUUAAAAAUUUACAAAAUCCUAUAGUGAGUCUUGAUGUACCAAAAAUAUAUAAGGAAGGAUAUAGAGAAAUUUUGGAAGCUGAUGCUGAUGCUGUUGUUUUAUGCAAAUGGAACCCUUACUUUUACGAGUUAGGCAUGUAUGUGCAAAAAUUUGGUGCCAGAGAAUCUGAACAAAUAACAGAAAGUUUGUUACAGACGUUUAAAUCUCGUUUUCGAUUAGUUAUGGACUGGGCGCAGAAUCCAAUAUCUGAUCCAACUUUAAUGAAUCAGCUUCCUCGACUCGAAAGAGAUCUAUUUGUAAAUGGAAGAAAAGCUAAAGUCCGGCUGAUCGAAUGGUUAAAAGUGGGUACUAAUAGUAUUCUUCCUUCCGAAAUUACGGCGAAUUUGAAGAAGCGGAAACGCGCUGACUACGAUCUUAACUAACAAUUACAUUUUUAUGUUUUACACC